UCUCGUGCUUGUGUAGUUGAGAUAUGAGAGUGUGCUUCACACAAAACUAAAGAAAAAAAGGAAAGAAAGAGAAGUGUUUGUUCCAAACAUUAGAAAAAAUAUAAUGGGUUAUUUUGGAAUUGUGAUCUUGGCUUUCCUUGUUGCAUUUCUAGGGUCUGCUCGUGCUGAUCUAAAGAUGGGUUUCUAUGAUAAAAGCUGUCCAAAAGCUGAGAAGAUUGUGCUUGACUUUGUCAAAGAGCACAUCCCAAAUGCUCCUUCACUUGCAGCUGCCUUAAUAAGAAUGCACUUUCAUGACUGCUUUGUCAGGGGUUGUGAUGGGUCAAUUCUUCUAAAUUUCACAACAGCUUCGGGGAACCAAACCGAGAAGGUGGCUCCUCCAAAUCUGAGUGUCAGAGGCUUCAGCUUCAUUGACAGAGUGAAAAGCUUACUAGAAGCAGAAUGUCCAGGCAUAGUCUCUUGUGCAGAUAUCAUUACAUUGGUUACAAGAGACUCUAUUGUUGUCACUGGAGGUCCUACUUGGAGAGUACCAACCGGUCGACGGGAUGGGACGGUCUCAAAUGCCACAGAAGCCUUGAACAACAUCCCUGCCCCAACUAGCAAUAUCUCUACCCUCCAAACAAAAUUCGCCGCCAAGGGGCUAAAUCUAAAGGAUCUGGUCCUGCUCUCUGGUGCACACACAAUUGGUGUAGCCCACUGUUCAUCAUUCUCAAACCGUCUAUACAACUUCACUGGUGUGGGUGAUCAAGACCCAGCUCUAGACAGUGAAUAUGCUGCAAAUCUCAAAGCCAGAAAGUGCAAGACAUCAACUGACAACACCACCCUCGUCGAAAUGGAUCCGGGUAGUUUCAGAACAUUUGAUCUUGACUACUACACACUUGUGCUCAAGAGAAGAGGCCUGUUUCAAUCUGAUUCAGCUUUGAGAACAAGCUCCACAACAAAAACAUACAUCACACAACUCCUCAGUGGAUCACUCCAAAAUUUCUACUCUGAAUUUGCCUUAUCCAUGGAGAAAAUGGGUCGGGUCGGUGUUAAAACCGGGUCGGCCGGACAGAUUAGGAAGCAUUGUGCAGUGGUGAAUAGUUAACAGAGCUGGCUAUUAGUAGCAGCAUUAUUGAUGAUAAAAUUGAGUUGUAUGAAUAAUUUUGAGUUGAAUUAUUAUAUGUUCUUUAUUGUGUACAUCCUCUGUUUUGUCUAUGGUGGGUUUGGUUGCUUCAAUCAAUAAAAAGCUAGUUCUUUUAUGGACAGUUCAUGGAUA